CUUUACAGUAAAUUCAAUCUUAUUUUAUAAUUCAAUGCCCAUCACUCUGUCCGGCUCGCUCUAGAGUCUAGCAUCUAGAUGCUGGUUAAAAUAGCGGCGAGAGUCGAACGGCACCCAACAAAAAUUGGCGAAUACUCGCUCUGUCAACUCUCCAACCAACGAACCCAUCCUCUCUGUUUUCCUACCCACCGUCCCGUUCCGAUCUCGAUUAGCCGACGGAGGUCACAGAGCCAAAGACGACGAUAAAUUUUGUUUUUUUUUGAAAAAAAAUAUAAAAAAUUAAUAAAUAUAUUACUAAAAAAUAACUAUCAAAAGACGAACUCUUCACAAAAGCUACCGUAUCCGUACUCAGUCACCUCGCUAAUAUCACAACAUGCUCUUUCUCCUUCUCUCUCAAUUCGCUCGCGCUCUCUCUCUAGAAUUAGGGGUAGGGACUCACUUGUAGAAUGUGAAAGUGAAACCCUAGCUACUGUUUUCUACGAGAUCUGUACUAAAUCUCUGAAUUUACUUACUGUAAGCUUUUUCUGAAUGGGGAAUUGCUGCAGAUCUCCGGCUGCCGUCGCCAGAGAAGAUGUUAAAUCCAACUUCUCUGGCCAUGAUCACGCUAAGAAAGAUGCCGGAGCUGCUAAGAAGGCGCCGAUCACUGUCCUGACUGGUGUUGCCAAAGAGAAUAUUGAAGACAAGUACCUUGUCGAUCGCGAGCUUGGCCGUGGAGAAUUUGGCGUUACUUAUCUUUGUAUUGACCGUGAUUCUAGAGAGUUACUGGCCUGUAAGAGUAUCUCCAAGCGGAAACUGAGGACUGCUGUGGAUAUUGAAGAUGUGAGACGUGAAGUGGCGAUAAUGAAGCACUUGCCUAAUAAUUCUAGCAUUGUGAGCUUGAAGGAGGCUUGCGAGGAUGACAAUGCGGUGCAUUUGGUUAUGGAGUUGUGCGAGGGGGGUGAGCUGUUUGAUAGGAUUGUGGCCAGAGGACAUUAUACGGAGAGAGCAGCUGCGGCUGUCACACGGACAAUUGUGGAGGUCGUGCAGCUGUGCCACAAGCAUGGAGUGAUUCAUAGGGACUUGAAGCCCGAGAAUUUUCUGUUUGCUAAUAAGAAGGAGAAUUCACCUUUGAAGGCCAUUGAUUUUGGAUUGUCUAUAUUCUUCAAGCCAGGUGAAAGGUUCUCAGAAAUUGUUGGAAGUCCAUAUUACAUGGCUCCAGAGGUGCUCAAGCGGAACUAUGGACCAGAAAUUGACAUAUGGAGUGCAGGGGUCAUUCUUUACAUUUUGUUGUGCGGAGUCCCCCCAUUUUGGGCUGAGUCUGAGCAAGGGGUUGCACAAGCCAUUCUUCGUGGGAUCAUAGACUUCAAACGGGAUCCAUGGCCAAACAUUUCUGAGAGCGCCAAGAGUCUAGUCAAGCAGAUGUUGGAGCCAGACCCAAAGCUUCGACUAACUGCAAAGCAAGUGCUAGAGCAUCCGUGGCUCCAAAAUGCUAAAAAGGCACCAAAUGUUCCUCUUGGUGAUGUUGUCAAGUCAAGACUCAAGCAAUUUUCAAUGAUGAACAGAUUCAAAAGAAAAGCCCUCAGGGUUAUUGCUGAUUUUUUGUCCAUUGAGGAAGUUGAAGACAUCAAAGAGAUGUUCAGGAAGAUGGACACUGAUAAUGAUGGUAUUGUUUCAAUUGAAGAAUUGAAAGCUGGAUAUCAAAAUUUUAACUCCCAGCUUGCAGAGUCUGAAGUUCAAAUGCUUGUUGAAUCUGUAGAUACAAAUGGGAAAGGUACAUUAGAUUAUGGGGAAUUUAUUGCUGUUUCUCUCCACCUACGAAGAAUGGCCAAUGAUGAGCAUCUUCACAAGGCAUUUUCCUACUUUGACAAGGACGGCAAUGGUUAUAUUGAACCAGAUGAGCUCCGAGAUACCUUGAUGGAAGAUGGUGCAGAUGAUUGUACAAAUGUUGCGGAUGACAUCUUCCAAGAGGUGGAUACAGAUAAGGAUGGGAAAAUAAGCUAUGAUGAAUUUGUUGCAAUGAUGAAAACUGGAACUGAUUGGAGGAAGGCUUCCCGUCAUUACUCCAGGGGGAGAUUUAACAGUCUAAGCAUGAAGUUAAUGAAGGAUGGUUCACUAAACUUGGGGAAUGAGUGAGACAGAAACACAAGGUAUUACUUUUUAAUUAUUUGAUGAAAAGAAAGUUUAGGGUUAUCACUGUCCAUGUUAGGCGUGCUUUCUUUUGUGAUUAUUUUAUGGGGGGGCAAUCUUUGAUUAUGUGGGGCUAUGUUGCUUGGGAAAUUAGGCAAAUUACGGAGGCUGAUCACAUCUCUCUCUCUCUCUGUGCAAAUGUUGAUCAUGUAAAAAUAGUGCUUUUGUAGCCUUGGUCCAGGAUGUAUGAUUCUGUCCAUUAUAUCAUUUCAACCUUUUGAUAA